AUGUUGCAACUUGCAGCAGCAGCAGCAGCCUUAAUAGGUGCAGCAUAUGCACAGAACUCCUCAUUACCUACAGUCGACCUGGGCUACGAGAUUUACCAGGCUUCAGGCUUCAAUGACACCGGCAACUUCUACAACUUUUCCAACAUACGGUAUGCUGCACCACCUGUCGGUGACUUGAGGUUUGCACCACCUCAGGCUCCAGCAGAAAACAGGUCAUCUAUCAACACUGGCGAGACAUCGAGAAUAUGCCCUCAGGCAAAUCCCGCUUGGUCUGCAGCCGCAGCACAGUCGUUGGCCAGAUAUGCGCUCGGCCUUCCUGCUUCGAACACAACUUAUUCAGUGAUGCCAGCAAAUGCUACCAGUCCGGUCCCACAACCGGAUCCCCGCGAGUCUGAAGAUUGCUUAUUUUUGGAUGUUUUUGUUCCCGAGGAUGUGCUUAGCAAAGCUGGGCAAGGCUACGGGGCUCCUGUUCUCGUAUGGAUCUACGGAGGCGGCUACACAGGAGGCGAGAAAAACAACAACCCUGCGGGUCUGCUCGCGGCCUCCGGCAACUCGUCCAAUGGCGAUGUUAUCUACGUUGCGAUGAAUUAUCGCCUUGGUGCUUUGGGCUGGACGGGUGGCCCUUCAUACCAAGCAGAAGGAGGUGUAUCCAACCUAGGUUUGUACGAUCAGCGAUUUGCGCUUGAGUGGGUCCAGGAGAAUAUUCAUCUCUUUGGAGGUGAUAAGAACCGAGUUACUGUAUUUGGUGAGAGCGCUGGAGGCGGCUCGAUCAUGCAUCAGAUUACUGCAUACGGUGGUGCUAAUGGAUCUGCUCCUUUCCAGCAAGCCGUACCCCAGAGCCCUGGAUGGCAACCUACAACCUCUGUUGUCACUCAGGAAGAUGUCUACCAGAGGUUCCUCACUCUUACCAACACCACUUCCCUCGCAGAGUUGCGGGCUCUCUCAUCUGAAGAGGUAAUGCUUGCGAAUGCUCAGCAGAUCACCUAUGAUUCCCCAUACGGUACAUUCACUUACGGGCCGGUCGUGGAUGGUCUUUUCGCUCCUCUUCAGCCAGCUCAGCUUUUGGCACAAGGUCGAUUUGACAAGGACGUGCGCGUAAUGGUCGGCCACAAUGCGAAUGAAGGAGCCCUCUUCACGCCCUUCUUCAUUCCAAACGAGGCUGCAUUGGAAGAUCAAAUCUCGUCCGCUUUCGCCAACGCUCCAAAGUCUUCCAUCGAUUAUGUUACCAAGACUCUCUACCCCCCGGUGUUCGACGGGUCUCUACCAUACACCAACAACUUCGAGCGCGGUAGCCUCAUUGUCAGCGAGGGAGUCUUCACGUGCAACACCAACUACCUCUCCAGGGCUUACGGAAACAAGACAUACUCCUAUCUCUUCGCAGUUCCCCCGGCUAUUCAUGGUCAGGAUAUCCCGUACACGUACUUUGAGGGCGGUGCAGGUUCCACCGGGCUCCAAGGUGUUGCCAACACCACCAUUGCCAUCGCUCUGCAGGAGUUCAUCACCAGCUUCGCUGAGAAUGGUGUGCCAGAUGCUACAGGCGUGAAGCAGUUCAACAUGUACGGUCCGGAUGCGACCGUCUUGGAGCUUAACGUUACCGGCAUCGAGGAUGUACGCGACAGCAACGCGAACGCUAGGUGUGCAUGGUGGCAGAAGGCGCUGUACUAA